AAUGACCCACCGGUCAGAGGGGAACGCCACGGGCCCAGGCGCCCCCCACUCCGGCCCUGGGGUCCUCCAGGACCUCGCCUCCAGCCUGGCAUCACCUCCCGACAUCACCUCCUGAGCCCAAGUGAACACCCCUAGGGUACCUGCCACAGUUCUCAGGCCGCUGGUACGUGGUGUCCAUGGUCUCCGACUGCAAGGUCUUCCUGGGCAAGAAGGGCCAUCUGCUGAUGUCCUCCAGGGUCGUCAAGGCCACGGCAGGCGGCAACCUCAGCGUCCACAUGGAGAUCCCCCGGGCUGACGGCUGCAACCAGGCGGACGCCGAGUACCUGAGGGUGGGCUCCCAGGGCCACUUCAGAGUCCCAGCCCUGGGCUACCUGGAUGUGCGUGUCGUGGACACCGACUACAGCUCCUUCGCCGUGGUCUACAUCUACAAGGAGCUGGAGGGGGCGCUCAGCACCAUGGUGCAGCUGUACAGCCGGACCCAGGAGGCAAGUCCCCAAGCUGUGAAGGCCUUCAAGGACUUCUACCCCACGGUGGGGCUCCCUGACGACAUGGUGGUCAUGCUGCCCAAGUCAGACACAUGCUCCUCUGGGGACAAAGAGGCUCCCUGACUCCUCGGGAGACCCACCGUGGCCCUUCCCAGGUAGGAUGGAGAUGGGGUACGUCCUCUGUCCUGUUGUCCGGCACCUGUCCGGGCAGCUCCUGGCCACCCCUCUGUCUGCCUGUCACCCUGCCUCCUGCUCUGCACGUGCCGACCCCACCCCCCACUCCCUCCUACCCCCUGUUCGGCCUGGCCGUCCACUCUUGUGAUUCAGGCCUCAGCUCACA